AUGCCCGUCAACCCGCUAACCGACAACACAUACAUCACUAAUGCUCAACGACCACUGAAAGAGUGGCAUCUCUCCGACUUUGAGAUCGGUCGCCCACUUGGAAAGGGUAAGUUUGGCCGAGUGUACAUGGUCCGAACGAAGGAAGAACCGAAGUUCGUGCUCGCACUCAAGACCCUCUACAAAGACGAGAUCAUUCAAGGCAGGGUUGAGAAGCAGAUUAGGAGGGAGAUUGAAAUUCAGCAGAAUCUCCGGCAUCCAAACGUACUCCGGCUUUACGGGUAUUUCCAUGAUGCAAAUCGUAUCUUCUUGAUGCUUGAGUUCGCGGGCAAAGGGGAACUCUAUAGACCCCUCAGCAGAGCCGGUCGAUUUACCGAGCGGCGAUCAGCUCGGUAUAUCGCCCAAAUGGCCGAUGCCCUCUCUUACCUUCACGCCAAGCAUGUCAUCCAUCGAGACAUCAAGCCUGAGAACCUGCUUCUUGGGUUGAAUGGUGAACUCAAGAUCGCCGACUUUGGGUGGUCCGUACAUGCUCCGUCAAAUCGCCGUACAACCAUAUGCGGUACCUGUGACUACCUCCCUCCGGAGAUGGUAGAGCAUAAACAGCAUGAUGAGAAAGUAGAUCUGUGGGCUCUGGGCGUCCUCUCUUACGAGUUCUUGUGCGGCAAGCCUCCUUUUGAAGAGCCGGACCAGCAGGCGACCUACAGGCGUAUCAAGGAGGUCAGAUAUAGCUUCCCGACUUACGUGAGCCCCGAGGCGAAGGAUUUCAUCAGCAGGCUCCUACAAUACGAACCCCCAAAGAGGAUGCCUUUGUCUGAGGUGCUCGUGCAUCCUUGGCUUGAGAAGUACAGGCACCGCGGGAGCCAAGGAGCGCCCAAGGCUUCGAGUUCGUGA